UUUUCAAAUGUGUUGGAACGUAGUCAGUGAUGAACCAACCAUGAAACGGUGCCUUUCCUUGAAGUCGACAUUGCCUGAUCCAUAUCGAAAUGAGAUCAUAUAUGGAUUAUUAUCAGCGACAAAAUAUAACGUUGUGAUAACUAGAUGUGGUGAUGAUGGUACAAAUCUUGAUUAUUCCGAAUCAAAGUUUGGCAUUACUCGCUCAGCUGCAAUUAAUGCUACAGGAAAAAGAUCGGCGACAUCUUUUGACGUCAAUCUUGGCUUGCCCCACGAUGAUGACGUGCACGUUCAAGUUGUUGUUGCAAUGCUUUCUUCCUUCAAGAAACCUAAGAAUCAUCACGAUGCUGUGCUUGAGGCUUAUAAAAGGAACAAUUUUUCUAAUGAAAGUUAUGUCUACGUCGCGGCUAUGUUUAGUGCAUCACGUGUGUAUGAGGUUAGAACCUUCACUGUUGGGGAUGGAAAAAAGUACAAUAUCUCAACAAGAGGAGUACAAAACAUUGUUUCGUAUCAAAACGUCAUACUUCAGCCGGACACGUUUUACUCUGUGUUUCAAAGGAUGUUCAAGAAUGAUAAUUUGUAUUACGAUUCUGAGUGGAUGGAUGUCAUCAAGACAGGUAAACUUAUGGCCACAAACUUAUCUCUUACGCCUUCAACCUUAAACAUGAUGGUGUCGUAUAGCUACAAGUAUAAGGGUUAUUUUGAUGCAAGUUACGAAGAGUUGGAUCUAACAAGAGUUAGAAAUGUUUAUUUGACGAGAAACGAUGAAGAGCUUGACGGAAAUUACGAAAAUCUAGAUGAAUCAAAAAGAGAUGAAAAAGAUGACUACCAAUCCUUGAAUACCAGUGACGAUGACUCGACCUACGAUGACGUUGUUCCAAACGUUAUUCCAACUCACCACUAUCAGAACACUUGA